GUGUGAGGUGUGGGAAGGGCGUAGGUCCUAGCCCUCUCUCGGGCAGCGGCCGGGCCUCGGGGCUGAGCGCGGCCGUGGAGCCGCCUCCCCGGGACCCCUGGCUCCGCCAUGUUCCGCAGGGCGCGCCUUAGCGUGAAGCCGAAUGUCAGGCCCGGUGGUGGCGCCCGGAGCUCCGCUGUCGCCAAGCCGCAGCGUGGGCAGGAGGCCGCCAGGCCACCAGAACCUGCCGCAGACCCCGCUCCGAAGCCAGCGAAGCCCACAGAUGUGCCCGCGGCGGAUUUCGGGGGAACGGAACCCCAGGAAAAGGCUCCCAAGAGCAGUGAUGAAAAGAUUGGUGGUGAAAAUAAUGUUGAAGAAUCCUGUACAUCAUCCUCUUCUGUUUCCCAGAGGAGACAGCAACUAUCAAGUACUUCUAGUCCUGCUAAGCCUACUGUCAGUGCUCCUGCACCGUCUCCUCCCUUAUCUACAGCUAAUCAAGAUGUUUCACAGCCAAGCCCCAUUCCAACAAAAGAGAAACCACCAUGCUCAGACAGAUACCGAAUAUACAAAGCCCAGAAACUACGGGAAAUGUUAAAAGAAGAAUUGAGAAAAGAGAAGAAACAGUGGAAAAACAAAUAUGCCAUAAAUGAAAACCAGAUGCCACCAGAUCGUUCAAAAAUGACUAUGAGAGACUUCAUAUAUUAUCUACCAGAUAACAAUCCAAUGUCUUCUUCACUGGAACAAGAAAAGAAAACUGAAAAAUCAUUGACUACAGUCCAGACAAGAGGCACACAAGACAGCCAGAGUGCUCUUGAUGCUGAAGACAAUGACGCAGCGGAAGGGGAGACAGAUGAUGGCCCAUUGCUGGUGCCGAGAGUGAAAGUGGCAGAAGACGGUUCUAUUAUUUUGGAUGAAGAAAGUUUAACUGUGGAAGUUUUAAGGACAAAAGGGCCCUGUGUUGUUGAGGAAAAUGACCCUAUAUUUGAGUGUGGUUCUACAACUACAUAUUCCAGCUUUAGGAAAAACUAUUACUCUAAACCAUGGUCAAAUAAAGAAACAGAUAUGUUCUUUCUAGCCAUCAGCAUGGUAGGAACUGAUUUUUCUAUGAUUGGACAACUUUUUCCUCAUAGAGCAAGGAUAGAGAUUAAGAAUAAAUUUAAACGUGAAGAGAAAACAAAUGGGUGGAGAAUAGACAAAGCAUUCCAGGAGAAACGCCCUUUUGACUUCGAUUUUUUUGCUCAUUUGCUUCGGAAAGUUCUCGCAGAAGAAGAGAAAAGAAAACAAAAAUCGACUAAAAAUCAGAGUGCAAAGAAAAAAUCUUGCAAACCUCGGAAAAAUGUAAAAGUGAAAAAAGUUAUGAAUGAAGUUGUGGAUGAUGACCCAGAUGAAUGUGUCAGUACUAAAAUUUCAGACCCUGAAGGAUCUCAGAGGGCUGCUCAGACAGUUGCAGAAGACUCAUUGACUUUAUCAGGGCAGGAUGCAGAAGUUGUAUUGGAAGAAGACCAAAAUCAAACAAAAACAAGAAGGAAGAAGAGCCAAGAUGGGACAAAUGAACAGGAAGUACGAAGUCUUUCAGGAAAUGCUACUGUUGAGUCAGGGUCUUCUGAUGGAGGCAAGCAGAAGAAUAAUUGUCAGUUUUUAAAGCCUGAGGUGAAUGAACGUGAAUGCACUAAGGAACACACACUCUAUUGCAUACAGAACCUGGAUGACAGUGUGAAUUUAGUCUCCAGUGAAAGAGAUGAGGAGAGAGAUGACCCCAUCCUUUUGGCAAGCCAUCAACACCAUAACAUGCUGGCAACAACUGAGUCUUCUGAAUCCAGCCCUUUAGCUUUGUCGCCAUCAGAAGCUGGGGUCAUAGCACUGUGUGAGGUGAAACCUGCUGAGCAGACUUGUACAGAAGAAAGAGAUGUUGACCAAAAUAGCAAAUCACUGGAAGCUGAUCAAGCAGAAAAUGUUAAACUGGUGGUGAGAGGUCGACUCCAGCGACCUAAACCCAAUCUGUCAAGGGCAGUUGGGAAGAAAUCAACUCUUUCACAAGGCAAAGCAGAUGCACAGAGUGACAGUUCACAUUCAGAAACCUCUACUGAGAAGAAUCAUGUGGAAAAGGAUAAUAUGAAUACAUUUGACAUUGGACGAAUGGAGAAUACAGAAAAAGAGAGCCCAGAAACUGAAAUUAUGUCUAAUUUAAGUGGAAAAACUCAUCUCCUGGAUAAUCAACCAAAGGCUCCUAGACCUGCCCGAUCAGUGAGGGGCCGAUUGCAAAGACCAAAGCCGAAUGUAGGAAAUGCUGCAGAAAGAAAGGAAACAGUCACCCGCCAGGAGCAAGGAGGGGCUGGUGGAGAUCAGAACGUGAGUGGGUCCUGUGUUGACAAAGAUGUACCUCAACGGAUGGAAGAUCAAUCAUGUAAAAAUUUGGAAUGUGAAGAUCUCAUAAAACAACCCGAGAGAAAAUACACUUCUUUUCAAAAUGUGCAGCCAGAUGAGUGCAGGGCACUUAAUAAAUGUCUAAGCAUUCAAGAGGAUAAUGAAACGGAUGUACUCAAACAAGUCCCAGUUCCAAGAACUCAUUUUCAGAAACCAAAGCCAAAUAUAGUAAGAGGAAUUGGAAGAAGAGGGAUUACUUCAAAGGAAGAAAUCCCAGAAGAAAGUCUUGUCUCGGGAAAAGGGACAGCAGCUGUGAGAGAACUCAUGAUACCAGAGGCAUCACCAGGGAAGAAGCUUCCAGUGGUCACCACUGCUACUUCUAAAGAAAUGCAGUCAGACUUAAGAGAAGCUGAAAGAGGAGAUAUUUCUUCCAGUGAGAAUAUACCAGAGGGGACUGAUGUCACUGUGGAAGUGGAGAGAGGGUUGAAAGCAACUUCAAAGGAUAGUUUAGUGGAAAUGAUUGAUGUCAGUGUGGCAGUGGGGACUGUGGUGAAAGUGACUGAGAUAGAGAGUCCCCCAAGGGAGAAGACACCAGAAUUGAUCGAUCCCCCUGGGGAAAUAGAGAUUAAUUUGGAGAAAAGCAGAAGGGAAAUAUUCCCACAGGAAAAUGACCCAGAGGAUGUUAAGCCUAUAGGUGAAACAGAAAUAAGGUUGCAUAAAACUGAAAGAGAGAUCUCCAUAGAAGAGAGGAUUUCAGAGAUGAUUGAUGUCACUGAGGAAAGACAGACAGAUUUGGAAGAAACUCAAAGAAAAGAAAUACCUAUCCCAGGAAAGGUCCCAAAGGAGGUCAAAACUAUAUGUGAAAUGGAAACAGAUUUAGGUGAAAUGGAAACAGAUUUAAGAGACAUUGAAGGAGAAAUUUCCCAAAUGGAGAAAGUACUAAUAGAGGUCAGUACUCAAAGGGAAAGGGAGAUUGAUUUGAAAGAAACUAGAAAAGGAGACAUUUCCCCAAUGGAGACAGUUUUAAGAAACAUGACUGCCACUGAGGAGACAGAGGCAGAUUUGAAAAAAACUGAAAGAGAAAUUUCUUUGAGAGAGAUAGGAGCUGAGGAGACUAGUAGUAUUGAGGGAAUGGUGGCAGAUUUGGAAAAAACUGGAAACACAGACAUUUCUCCAGGUGAAAACAAACUGGAGGUACCUACUACCUCAAGACAAACUGAGACAGAUGGAAUGCAGAAGAGAAGUGACUGCAGCACUGUGCCUUCCCUGGAUGUGAAUAAUAUUAUCAGUGAAGUACAGCCGGUGGUGCACAUAUCCACGGAAGAAAGUAUUUCUGAAAAGGAGCUGUCUGACCAGUUCUAUUGUUUGAAGACUAUUUCACAGAGUUCUCAUCUUGGUAAAACAGAAGACCAGGGUAUACAGCCUCCAGAUGUUUCCAAGCACUUUUCAGAUAUUAAUUUAAGUAAAUCUCUUCCUCAAGAACAGACGCCACUUGAAGUGAAACCAGCACCUUUUGUGAGAAGUCGGUUCAAAAGACCAAAGCCAAACUUAGCAAGAGCAGCUUCAAAGAAAGAGACUACAGAAGCAGAGAAACAUGUGCCUGAGAAGUUGGAAAUAAAUGAAGUGGAGAUCAUUGCAAUUCAGCAGGACAGUGACCAAGCUAAUCCUUUCCCUUUGCAAUCUGAUGUGACUUCCUUAAUGGCAUCCAGAGAAAAAGAUAAAGGAGGUGGUGAGAAAGAGCAGGCUGUGCUGUUACAAUGUAUCCAAGCUGAAAGCGACCCCUCUCCAGAGGGAGCUGCUGAACUCCCAGGGGAUUCUGAAUUGCUGCAGACCCAGGAACAUGACUCAGCUGUUCCCAUGGGGAUUCAUAAGAUAAACACUUCCAAACGAGAAAUGAAAGAAAACGUUACUCAAAUGGUUCUACCAAUGAGGGCCCGACUUCAGAGGCCCAGACCAAAUGUAAGAAAUGCUAGACAUAGACAAGUAGUAGAAAAAGGUGAAGCCAAAGUAAUGAUUCAAGAUGGAACAACAGUGCUACAAAAAGAUGAAACUAACAAGAAGUUGGUGACAGUGUCAAAUUCUCAAAUUGAAACUGUGUCUGCCAAAGUUUCAGAAUGUAGUAUGGAUGAAAGUCAAAGUCAUGAGGGUCUUGCAGAAAACUUGAAUGUGAACAAAGAAAAUGUCUCCAAUGAGAAGAGACAUGAAAAUAAGCCAUGUGUUCCUAGUCCAGCACAGUUAAUAAGAAGGAAAUUCCAAAAGCCUAAGCCUAAACCAGAUUUGGGAAGGGCACGCAGCAGAAAAGUAGAAGAAUCAGGUAACAACAAAGGCCCAGCAGAUCAGAGUGGAACAGGUAAACCAGAAGAUGAUUUGCCACACCAAGCAAAUCCUGACACCCAGCUCCAUGUGGAAGAAGAAGCUCAAAUUGUGAUAUCUCCAGAGGUUUCAGCAACAAAAGAUUGUAAAGGUUCUGAAGAGUCUAUCUUGGCCAAAAAAGAUGCUCAGUUAGAAAAAGUUGGACCAUCAGACAGUGUUAGAGAGGAAACUACACGAGAUAUCUCUGUGUCUUCAGUUGUUGAAGAGCAGCGUUUCAGUAAACUAAGAAGAGGCCUACAACAUUUGAAAGAAUCAAAUUACUCUAGAACUGCUCUGGAUGGAAGAACUACGAUCUCUUCUGCAUCUGGGAGUGAGACAGAUCACGGUGAAAAGAGAACGCAGAGGAAAACCAAAGCGAGUGUCCCCAGAGGGCGGGGAACCAAGCGGGCUCGGGCAAAGACUUCUAGGAAGGAACCGAGGGCUCCCAAGGCCAUGCUGGUGACUCUUCGGGCUUCCCAGGAAGAAGACAAUGAGAAUGCCCAGGACUUUGAAUCUGACUACGAGGAAGAGAGCUACCAUCUUGCCCCAGAGGAAGUAAACAAAGCACCGGUGUUUGUCCCUCUUGGUCUCAGAUCCCCUGAACCUGUUUCUGCUCAGAUUGAGGAAACAAUGGAAGAGCUCGAAAUAACUGUGAAUGUUGCAGAUGUUGGAUGUGUAACUGUUGUUGAACAUCAGCUCUCAAAUGCAGAUGGUGCUCUUCAGAAACCAGAGCAAGAAUGUAAUUUGAAUAUUCCAUUUGCAAUGACCAUGGGUGAACAGACCCAGGAUGGAGCAGGUCCCAGUGACUUAAGCACAGAAGCAGCCAUAACCUUACUUACCAUGGGAGACCUGGUAUUGCAGUCAGAGAUGAGCACAGAACAGGGUGAUGUAGGAGUGUGUGUAUUUCCUGAUGUUCAUUCAAAGGAUAAAAGUCAUAUUCCUUUCAGCCCAGAUAAUGUAAGUCACAACAUUCUUCAUGAAUGUCAGCUUUCUUCAUCUGUCAUUAAUACAUCUUCUGCAUCUGAAGAAAACAAGAGUGUGUCAGAGGAACAGACUAGAGAAGAAGUUAAUUUAAAGGAAGAAGUAAUGGAGAAUACAUUACCCAGAAGUACGGGUUCUAAAGUGGAUGGUAAUUUACAAAUGAGAAGCACAUUAGCCAGGCCUGAGCUGGAUCUGGAAGUGUUAAUGUUCAACAGGGUUGAUGCUCAUCAGAAAAUUACUAGUAUAUCUGAAGGGGAAGAAGUGGAAAGUCAAAAAGAAACUGAGGACAGUGCUUCCAUAGCAACAGAAGUGGAGGAUAGAAACCUUGGGCCAGGCACGACAGCAGAGAGUCAGGAGCAGGACCAGUUGGCAUGUGUGCAGGAUAUCAAAGGGACCAGUAUUUCACAAGAAGCAAACCCAACCAAAAGAAGUGAAGAUCAAGAAGAGAGUUCUCAAGAGGUUCAGACAUUGCCAGGUGCUCCUGUUCUCUCCUCUGAGGCAGGGCCCCCCACAUUUGUUUCCAGCGGGGGUCUCGGUGAGAAUUCUGUUGAAGAACCCCUGAGAGAAGACACUAAAGGAGACAGUGGGCCACUUUGUGUGCCAGAGUGUACACCAGCUAGUACUCCGCAAGUGCAGCACGAGAAUGAAGCCAGCACUCAAGACCUAGCAGUGGAUCUGUUUGCAAAUGUGCAUCAGGAUGGAGAGGACGAGCAAACAUUCAUUCUCACUCUUGUGGAAAUCCCAGGCAGUGCUUUGGAAGAAUUCACUGAUGGUAAUGCGCAGUUAUUGCCAAACCCCAUGCUGCCUGCACCCAUCCUGGUCAAAUCUCAUUAUCCUGAAGAAAGGGGUGACAUUAGUGUGACCUUUCCAGUAACUUCAGUUGGUGAAGAUGCUGUGUGUUUAUCUAAUUCUGAAAGAGAUGAUUCUGAAAAGCCUCCUGAUAAUUUGGAUCUUUUAUCUAGGAAGAGAUUUCCCUGCAGGCUUGAUAAAAACGAUCAAGCUCCUCCUGCCAAAAAAAGUUCACUCUCUGUAAGAAAUGAUCUGCAACAUUAUACCUCUGAGGCGUGUUCAAAAGAAUUAAAAGUUUUUGAGGAGACAGGGGAAUCUUACAAGGAACAAGAUAUUUCCACCACCUUAGAAAGCACACAUCCAACUCAAGAACCUCAAAAAGAGCAACUUGAACCAGCUUUUCAGAAUAUAGAAUCUAGAUCUCUUAAUAAAAUAGAUACAUGUAUAGAAAGGAAUAUGCCUCAGUUGUCUCAGGAUGACAUGGCUAUGCCUGAUAAAGAAGAAAGAGCUGAUGCUGCAACGUCAUCCUCAAAAGCCCCACUUUCCAGGCCUGGCAGAAGACCACGGGGAUUUUUAGCUUUAAUAUGUUCAAAGAAUAAUUUGGAGUCGGACGAACCUGCUACUAACAUCCGUAGGAAAAAACACUUAAAACCUCUUGUACCUAUAUCAAAACGGACUUUGAAAAGAUCUAAGCCACCUGAUGAAAACCAGAAAAAAAGUCAGGAGUCUUCUGCUGUGCUUCCGUCUCCAAGCGAUGCCACCAGUACUCAAGUUGAGGAUCCUGGCAGCUCAACAACUCAGGUUACCUGUGAUCAGCCGUCACUGAAAGAAGAAUGUGAAAGUGGCCAGCAGCGGGCACCUGAAACAGAGGCACUGACCACAGUCUCAGAAUAUUUCUUCGCUGAUAUCUUUAUUGAAGUAGAUGAAGCAGAAUAAAGCAGUCUUUGGGGUUUUUCCUUAUUUUCCCCUUUAAGUCUGGAAUUUCUAGAAUCAGUUGCAGCAACAAAGCAGUAUUUAUAAAAAGCAGCAUCACUGUCUAUUUUUCUUUAGGUCAGUUUUGAUUAUUUAAUGAACUUGAUUUGAAAUGUUGAAAAUCAGUGGAAAACAUUGCUGAGUUCCUCAUUCUGGCUGAUGGGGUGUCUUGGCAGCACCAGGCAGCGCUGUGAGAGAGAAGCGGCGGCUGGUUCACCUUCCCACGCUGCCUGCACUGAGCACACGUGGAUGUUGAGACUGCUGGGGAUAGAGGUCGGGGAUCACAGUGCUGUCUUAUUGGGAGUUGAUUGUACUUAUCAUUUAGCACACUUCUGUAAAGUUUUGUUCUGUUUUGUUUUCUUUGCUUCUUGGGGGGAUGAUGAAGGCCUUUUCAGUUGCCUCUAAGUAUACAAAAUUGUGAAUCUCCACUUUAGUGUGUGACCUUUAAAAAAUUUCUGUUAUCAGCUAUUUGUCUGAAAAACGUAUUUUUCUAUUUCAUGGUGAUGUAACAUUAGUCCUAACUGAAAACUAGUAUUUAAACUUAAUAUUUAUAAAGAUGACAAAUCAAAGAGUUUAUUUAUUUUUAAAAUUUUUAUUUAAAAGGAUAUUCAGUUUUAAUUAUUUUUACCCCUUGUGUAAAGGAGACAUGAACAGGUUUAUCUCUAUUUCCUCUUUAAAGAUACUUAAAAUGACACAAACAGAAAUUGUGGGGAUAUAUUGUUGUUUGUUUGGUUUUAUUUUUUGAGAUAGGGUCUUGCUGUGUAGUUCAGACUGACCUUGACUUCACCAUGUCA